GAGGAUGAAUAUGAAGACAACAAGAGGGAUUUUUCUCCUUCGUCUGCGGAUAUCUCUUUGUAUAACCAGAGUAAUUCAUUCCAAACCUGCAAGAUACCGACAUGUUCACCAACAACAGUAGUGGGGCUUUUAGCGCUGCCGAGGCCACGGACUACACGUGCGUGCGCUUCUACGUGUCUGCGCUGUCUUUCUCAGUACUACUUUUCUUCAAUCUCAUCAUCAAUUCGACCAUCAUCCGUGUGGAGCGGCUUCGGACCCACGCACGCUUUGUGCUGCUUUUUCACCUUCUCGUGUCAGCGCUGCUCUACCUAGGCACAAGUUGUAUCUUCUAUUUGCAGAUGCACCUGCACGCGCAGCCGCACCGGUCUGCGUGCGUGGCUAUAGUCACUGUGCUCAUCAGCAGUGCGUCCAACAUCCUGCUGACGCUCACGGCCAUGGCUCUUGACCGCUACUGCGCCGUGUGUCACCCUCUGCGCUACACUGCCACACGCGCCUGUGCCUCGUGGCCAUGGCUGUGUGGCGCGUGCACAUGGGUCAUAGCUCUGGUCAUUCCUCUCAGUUUGGUGCAGCCAUCCAUCAGCCCCAGCGGAGAGUGCGGCCAAGAGCAGCUGCGUAAAGGCCAGCUGCACAAAGUACUGUUCCUGUCCGCGUGCACGCUCCUCAUCCUCUACAGUUACGCACGGAUCCUGAUAGAGACCCGGCGUCUGGGGGUGUUAAAUAAACGCAACAGGACCGGAUGUCGGACAAUAGCACUGCAUGGCUCACAGCUGGCCGUGUACAUUCUCCCUAACUUUGUCAACUUUAUUCUCACCGUGCUUCACAAAAAGAUGCUGAUCAGACCGGACACUAAGGAACUAUCUGCUGUGGUUAUAUUCGCCUUUUUUAGUUUGGCUCAAUGCAUUGCUCCUGUGGUUUAUGGUUUGCGCAAAGAGGAGCUAAUGGAGGAAAUGAGUCACAAGUUUCCCUGCUGUACAGGACAUCUAAAGAGAGUUCUGGGAUGGACGGUGAUGGCCACGUGGACCCCAGGCUAGCACAGAGCAAGCGAGCAAAUGCUGACAGCUCAGACCAUUGUCUCACCGGAGACCACUGAGGUCCUCUGGCCAGAUCAGGAUCAGACUGGGCCAAUGCUGAGCAGAAGUUCUUCAUGUGAUCUACAGGUAGACAAUUCAGCUCAAUGUUUGGAUCCUGAAGUGACUGACUGACAUUGAGGACACCUCUGAGACAUUGAGGACACAUCUGAGAAAUUGUGAAGGCCCAAGUCUAUUUUUCUGGCUGGUCCAGAAGUAUUUGCAUAUCAUCUAAAAGGGAAGUUACAAAGAAUCAACAGCAAAAGCCCAUUGACAGUUAUUGAAUCAUAAAGUUGACAGGAGGGAAUUUCUCACAGAACUCUCAGGUGUAAAUCUGAUGUGGUAACAUGCAGAGACUGUUUUUGCUGUUCAGCCUGUACUCUGCAUCUGUAUGUGUCAGUUACAGUAAUCCCAGACCAGUGUUUUACCCUGGAAGAGUGAGCCUGCAGAAGUGAAACCAAUAUGCAAGUUUCACACUGUUAAAAACAGCAAAUGCAAGAAAUGAGGCAGCUAGAAGCCUUUAAGGUUUAA